CUGGGCAUCUGCUCCUGCUCUGCAUUACAGCCUCCACUGAGUUUUAAGUUGUCUGAAUUAGACUUCGAGAGUUGAAAUGAAAGUUGGGAGUUGAGAUCAUUUGUAUAUAGUAACUUAAAGAAACGACAGCAUCCAAUCAAUCAGUAAUUUACGCAUCAAACAAGGAAAGAUCAAACUCACCGCUCUCAUCUAUCUAUCAGAUUUGGUCGCAUGUGAUGUCCCAAAAUGCACUGCCUCAGCUCCAUUAGAUCUUCCCUUUCCCUCUCUUAGAUCAUUUGCUUGCUCCCAAUCCAUCUCCUCCAAAAAUGGGCUCCACCCAAUCCGUUCAAGCAGUCGAAGAAGAACACGAAGAAAGCCCAGACGAUGACGAAGACGACGACGAAGACGAAGAAGAAGACAGUAACCAAGGAGGACCCAACAUGAGGCAACUCGAAAACAACCACUUGGUGAAGAAAGUACUGGAACAGGAGCCGGAAAUGUUACCCUGUUACGCUUCAGCAACCCCUCUCUCUCCACAACUAUCUUCCUUGGGUACUCCUAGGAUGGGUCCUUCUAUCAAAGUGUGGGACCCAUAUAAUGUUUUAGCUCCACCUCCUCCGCUGCCUCCGCCUCCUGUUUUCUCCCCUUCUUUCUCUUUCCACCAUGAUCGAUUGCUGCUUGAGGUUUAUUUCAUUUGCCAUGGCGAGUCUGAUUUGAAUUUGAGGCCUGAUAUUGUCGGUGGAAGAUGCGACGGUGCCGCCUUGACCUCUAAUGGCAAGCGCCAAGCCAGGGCUUUGGCUGUCUUCCUAAAUUCUCAAGGGGUCACCUUUAAUGCCGUUUAUUGCUCUCCCUUGGAUCGGGCUAGAUCCAUGGCUCUCUCCGUUUGUCAGGAGAUGAAUUUUGCAGUGUCAGAGAUACAAUCCUCUGAUGCACUUAUGGAUCUGAACAUGGGCCAUUGGGAGGGGUGCCCUCGAUCAGAAAUAUAUACGCCUGAAGUUUUGAGUCUGAUGGAAAGAUAUCAGCCUGAUUUUUCUGCACCUUCUGGAGAAUCUCUUAGGCAACUGGAAUUUCGAAUGGUUCAAUUCUUGAAUGGGACUGUCCUUGGGCUUCCUGAAAAAUUUAGAUCUGAAUUUUCUUUACACCAAAAUGAGAGUCAAGGAUUUACACACCAUAACAACCCUGCUUUAGCCAACUCAAUUCAUGACAGAGAUGUAGCUUCUCUUCAACUACCCCAUUGGGACAGGCAGCGGCAUGUGCUAUCAAGGAAGAAGUCUGGUAAGAGCAGGCUGCAAUUUGUUUCGAAUAUUGGUGAACAUGAUGCUGACGAUGAAAUGUCUCCUCGGGAAGCCAGUCAUCAGCCUGACCUUCAUGACUUAAAUGUCAGGAGUUCCUCUUCCCCAUCCACUUCCUUGGCCUCUACAUCUGUUGGUGUUUUUACUCAUUCCCUGCCAAUUAAAUGUCUUAUCACAGGCCUCCUUGAGUGCAGCCCCGUAAUGUCACAUAAGGUGUGCAUAGAAGACUCUUCUGUCACUGUAUUACAGCAUUCCUGGAAAACAGGUUGGCAGAUAAAACGGUUGAAUGAUACUGCACAUCUUAGGCUUCUUUAGUUGGAAUUUGAGACUUGCACAUCAUCCUAAAGCAGAAUUGGCAGAACGAAAAGUGAAAUUGUUAGUUGUUGGCUAGAAUAUUGCAUUAUUAUGAUUCAUUCGUCCAAGUUGGUAUUCUGCAACUCAUGCUCUUACUUGUGUUUCAUCUACUACACUAUAUAUAUAUGUUGUAGCAUUCAAAUUUGAAUAUAUUUAAUUCAACAUUCAUGAUAUCCAAAGAGAAAAGAAUUCUUUUGGAAGUUGGAGCUUUGUAUUGGAUGAUUCUUUGUGAUUUGUAGUGUUUAUGACAGUUGAUUUUUAUAGACUGAAUUUAUUUAUGAAGUAA